GGCACGGGAUGCCCCCAACUGCCGCCCCCGCUGCCCGAUGCCGCCCGAUGCUGCUGCUGCUCUGAGCGCCACUGCAGAGGCCGACCGGAUCCCUGCCCGACGACAGCGGCGCUGGAGGUGGCUCCGUGCUGUGCCAGAGGAAAAUGGGAUCAUUUAAUCCCAUGCGAUAAUCGUUGCAGGAACUCGAGUUCAUUGCUGCAGGAGCAGAGAAAAAGUCAUACAGGAUGGAUGGCUUAGUUGAGCAGAAGAGUGCCAUGCUUACACAUCAUAAGGAUGCUGACACCAAGAAGAGGAAUGGGUUGAUCAACACAAGGAACUUGAUGACCGAAGGAAGGGAGGGAAUGGUAUCGGUGUACCCGACCCCCCAGUAUCAGAGUCGGCCGAUUGGGACUCUCUACUCCCCAAACUACUCCAGAAAUGACCCCGUGCAACAGCUCCUUGACCCCAGUACUUUGCCACAGACUGUGGAAUCCCAUUACCACCCAAACAUCAUUCUGUAUUCAGAAAGCAUGCUGCGGUCCUGGGGAGAAAGUAUGAAUGCAGAAUGCUGUGAAACAACCUUCAUUGAGGACAAAUCACCAACCAAAGGCAGUCUGGAUUAUCCUGAUGGCAAAUUUGUUACUCUGACUACAGAUGAGAUCAAGAUCCAUACCCUGUCUUAUGAUGUGGAAGAAGAAGAUGACUUCCAGGAACUAGAGAGUGAUUACUCAAGUGACACUGACAGUGAAGACCAUUUCCUUAUGAUGCCACCCAGAGAUCAUCUUGGGCUCAGCGUGUUCUCCAUGCUCUGUUGUUUCUGGCCACUGGGAAUUGCUGCCUUCUAUUUGUCACAUGAGACAAACAAAGCCAUCGCUAAAGGGGACUUCCACUAUGCUAGCUCCAGUUCACGGAGAGCUCUCUUCUUGGCUGUGCUAUCCAUCACUAUUGGAACAGGCAUUUACGUAGGGGUUGCUGUGGCGCUUAUAGCCUACCUAUCAAAAAAUAAUCACUUAUGAGACUGGAAGAGUUGGACUCCUACAGAAAGCUUCAGAAGAACAUGACAUUUGAAAUAUCACUACUUUUGAUGGUGGACAGGGCUACUGCAAGAGUAUGCAGCCUGAAUUCUAAACAAGACUGUUCCAGGUCUUUUCAGCCCUUCCAAUUUAAUGUGAAUGUUGGCAAUACCAGUCAUUGCAAGAAGCCAAGAAAUCUUAGUUCUUUCUCAAGAUCAAAAGGGUCUCUUCAGAACUUGUUUCUUUGCAGAUUGCUACUGGUCUGAGCUGGGCAAAACCCAUCAAGAGCUCUGUUAACUUGAAUGUGGGUUCUUCCUGUCAAAAGACAAGAGAGUGAUGAAUGCAAAGAAUAAACAUCUAACACCCACGCCACCAAUUCCUCGUUUGGUGUUGGAUUAUUAAGAAGCAGAAACAGAUGGCUCGGUGCACAUGUCUAACUGUCUCAAAUAUGAAGCAACAGUAAAGUGAAUGAAACAUCGGAGUAGCACAAAGGCCUUAUGAGAGUGCCCAGCGGUGUCCAAUGAGGCAAAGAGUAGUGGAGCUGUUUGAGGUGGUAGAUUUCGGGGUGUCAUUAAGGGCAGCAGACUGAGAGAGAGGGAUUUAAAUCAUGCAAUAAAGCUGCCAGGAGGGACAUCUGCAUAAGCUGCACUAAAGCUAACAAAAGUUGCAAAGAUGUACAGUAAUGUUUUUUCUGUAAUUCCCAUUUAUCCCAGGGCAGUUCACUUUGAAGACCUUCACAGUGGAUUUUUAAUAGGGUGAUUUGGGUUGCCCACCUUGGAUGUCAUCCUAAGAACAACUUGCUUGCAAAGCAUGCAGCUCUUUUCUGGCAGCAUCUCUCUUCCUGAGCAGGCUUUUUCCGCAGCUAAAUAUAAGAUGCGCAUUGUCCAAACGUUUCAUGGCAAUGUAUGAAAUUCCAUCCCAGAACAUGGUUUGAGACAGUGAUCUUCAUCAAGGAGAGCGGGAUAUCAGUCUAAUGGCAUGGGACCUCAUUUUUGGCUUAUGGACAGAGCAAUGCUACAAUAUGGUCUUCAUUCUCUAGUAGCCAUGACCUUACUGCUGAAGAUCAGAGUGGGCAAUGGCCAUACAUAUAAACUAUGUAAUUAAUAUUAAAAGAAAUAACAGUUUAAAACAGCAA